AUGGUUUUUUACAUACCACAUCAUCUUAGCGUUCCAUUGACAACCUUUGAGGAUGGUCUUAUUCUAUUCUUACAUGACAAUAAUGAACUUCCAUUCAAGGCUAAAAACAGCAUACGAUUACGACCUGCUCUCGCUCAUGCAAUAACAUAUCGAAAAAGUCAAACAAUAUUCCUUCCUAAACCUUAUACAAAUUGUACAUCGGUAGUUGGAUAUAAUUUGCGUCAUAUCUACGAAGUUAUCUUCGAUCCGAAUUCGGCUCGUCAGGUCGCCUACUCCGAAGCUUUAUGGUACGAAUUGUGUGAACAAGCUUAUAUUUUCUCACAAUGUUCUUGCAUUUUGCCUGUUCCAUUUCUCAUGCGAUAUGUCUUCUCACUGGACCAUGAUCGACUUCUGAUCACCAAUACUUGUCUUCCAGGCACGUUGAACGAAAACUGUGCAUUAAAUGCACGGCAACAGUUCGCCGUAAAUGUGGCUCUCAUGGCUGUUUGGUGUUCCCGAUGCGCUCCACAAUGUAUACACACACAGUUUUCGACUGAUAUUAGUGCAUUACCAGCGCCGACUGCGCAACAAAAGACAUCAUGGGAAAAGAUCUUGCUAGAAAACAAUUCCACUGUGUCCUUACCGGAUGGUUUUGCUGAAAAAUAUAAUGCCUACAUGGACGCUAAUUAUUUACGAGUGACUGUAAUGUGUGCUAGUCCAUAUGUAACAAUACAUAAACAACAGGCUAAGUUAACUCUCACUGAUACAUUUUCGGCUAUUGGAGGCCAAACUGGAUUGUAA